AUAGUGUCGUCCAGACAGUCAAGCCUCCAGCACCUCCCACACAACACCACCUCCUCUCCUGCCCCUCACGGUGGGUCAUUCUCUCUCUUAACACCCACACUCUAGUCCAGUACCUAUCUACCUACUCUGACACCUUCAUCCAGCGCCAGAUUGACGAUGACUGCGGGAGGGGUGUAUAGCGCCUUCCUGGUAGGCCUGGUACUCUCUCAGGUUCUAGGCCUUCCCCAGCCCCCAGCCUCCAACCGUGACGCGUCCAGUCAACUAGCCCAAGAUCACGAGGUUGACAUCUUCGUUCGACAGAUAAGGAAACACGCCCGUCCCAUGUUUUACAUCAACUGCGGCUACCGAGACUUGUGUUACUGCUACAGUAAGAUCACACGCCAUCACUACUGUUGUUCCUGCGACGUGGGUUCCUGCUUCCCCGCCCACGCCCGCCUCCCCACGCCCACGGGCGCCACCACCACCAUGGGCCAUCUAAGAACAGGAGAUCAAGUCUUGGCAGUGGAUGAAUCGGGAAAAGUUGUGCCGACCACAAUCCUGGGAUUCAUGGACCGUCGUCCUCGGGAAGCAGCUCUCUAUGUGACGCUGCGCACCUCCAUGGGCCACAACCUGACAUUGUCACCCAACCAUGUCCUCUUUAAGAGUGCCCCAAACUCAAGCCAUCCAGUCAGUGUCUUCGGCUCGGAUAUCAACAUUGGUGAUGUCAUAUAUUCCACCAAUCAGACGGGAAUACACAAAACUGAGAUCAUUGCAAUUGAUCACGAGGUUACACAAGGAGCGUAUGUGCCACUGACGAGGGAGGGGACGCUGGUGGUGGAGGGCAUCGUAGUAUCCUGCUACGCCUCCUACAAGCACUCCCUGGCCCACACCUUCUUGGCUCCUGCCCGCAUCUUCCCCGCCCUCCUCUACCUUAGACCUGGGUUCGUAUCUCGCCUCGUUACCUCUGUGGAAAACCUCGCUGGCAACGUAAUGAAGACGCUAUUGUUGGUGCUGCAAGACGCCGCAGGAGGCGGAGCAGGAAAAGGCAAGACCCCCAAAAGUCAGAGUAUUAAAAAGGAGGGUUAAAGAUACCCUUUUUUGAAGAGUAGGAGUGAUGAGUCCCGACGGAGGGGGAGAACCUACUCAUCAGCCUGGUAAAGCUUGGGGUUUUGCGUCCCGGAAGGAGAAGGCCCCCCCCGGGUACCCCGGGUGAGGGCUGUGGUGAGGAGGGGGGCUGCAGGUGCUCGGGCUCCCCACCCCCCCCUCAGAUCCCUACACACCUGGACUGCUCGCCAGGCCCUGGAAAACUCCAUCUCCUCCCGCCACCAUAAACCAACUGGCUCCCUCCACCACGGGUGGCAGCGAAUUUAGAACGAAGUAGGAAUCCCUCCCUAAAACAUAACUCAGUCAAGCGAAGCAAUAGAUGAUCGUAAAGUUUUGGGCGGUCCCGACAACUGUAAUAAAACACGGAUGUACAAAACACGACAUUUUUUAACAAAAGUCCCCCCGAGUGACUGCAAAGCCCCUGUGGUGAAAAUGCCCUUUAUUUCCUGACUGAUAUAAGUGUCCUUACCCCUAGUGAGCAUCUUGUUGAUACAAUUUUCUUGCAACAACCCUCCUAUGCACUAGGUCAUCAUUCCUCAAGACAUGAUACAUCGUUUAGGUUAUUAGUAAAGGGGCUGCACCCCUGUGCGUUUUUCCAGAGCAAGUGGCAAAGGGGUUUGAUCCCCCCGGGUCUGGGCCCGAUCCUGACUUUACAAAAUCCUUUUUAACUUGCCAUAACUUGAGGUCUGUAAUGACUCUUUUUCAACUACAAAAUCCCUUUAUAUAUUUAAAAAAAUUAAUGAAACAAUCAACCUCAAAAUUUACAAAUAAACUUUGAAGCUUACUUCACACUUUUAAUGAUUAAAUCUUGAAAGUGUAACUAAUGAAAUAGAAGAUAUAAAAAAUAAAAGCUUAGAAAAUUUAUUAACGAAAAGAAAAAAUACAUACAAUAAAAAUUUUUCAGGGUACAACAAUGAGCUAAAUAACUAACCAAACAUAAAACUUUUUCGACGCACACUGAGUCAAGAAUUUUACAAAAACCAUAUAAUAUAACAAAAAGUAUUGUCAACAGCCCAGUCACUGAGUAAAGAUAUAUUACAUAGUCUGGAAACAGUCUGCAGUGGCCCACAAACCACGUAGCCUCAUCUCAGACAGUGGUUAGUAAUAUACCUGCUCUAAUUCUAAUGAUAUAAUUGUUUUUAUUAGAACAUGAGUGUGAACGAGGCUAUUAUGAAUGCUUCCCCAUUAUACAAAAUUCUGCCUUCCAUGGGUGACCAUUAUCGAGUACCUAUUAACAAGAGGCUGGUACGUGUGACCAUUGUAAAUAAGGAAAAUUAAGAGGGUAAUAAUUUACAAUUGUUUGCAAAAUCGAUCUAUAAAUGUAUACAAUUACUUAUAAAUCUACCAUUAAAUGUAAACAAUGACUUAUAAAUCAGAUCAACUUAUAAACUAUGCACUAACCUAUAAAGUCAACUCCCAGAUACGUACACAGUAACUAACCAAAUUUAGCUAACGAUACAUGAUUCAAUGUAUACAUCACUUGUCAGGUAAAACCACACACUUACUUCAACUCACGGGUAUACACAAGUACAUUAAUAUCGCACCAACGUAUACACACAUUAAUACCACAUACAGCUACACACGCACACACAUACUAUUAUCACUUUACAGUUGCACACACACACACACACACACACACACACACACACACGGCAACCUUAGAGUGUACAGUCACUAUAUAAGUGUACAUACACAAAAAAAUAGUAACAAAUAAGUAUACACUACUGUACACUUUAUCAGUAAAAGUACACUAAAAUGACUGCCCAAUUUGAUCAAUAUAAACACAAUGAUACAUUAUUAUUAUUAUAAUGGGGAGAGCUAAACCCAUAGGAUUAUACAGCAUAUGUAGGGGGGGGGGGAUAGAAGGCAUUCUGGCUCAAUUCGGGGAACUGGAGCACAGAUGCAAUUCCCUAGAUCAAGAGCCCUCACCAGCGUCAAGGAACCUCCUGUGAGGGGACACAAUGAUACAGCCUCCGUCAAUAGUUUAACCAUUUCAUCAUGUGACUAUAUAUGUAGAGUGAGAGAAGUGACCAGGGCAGGAAACUCAGAUACUGUACAAGACACAGCACUGGCCUGUAUUACGCUUACAUUGUCUCAGAUAUGAAUUAUGUAAAUAAAGGCAUAACACAAGA